AUGUUUAUAAAAUUCUAUCCUAAGGCUAAAAAGAGCAGUUUAGCAUAUUACCUAAAGGAAUAUGAACUUGAUAACAAGCUGGAUAUGCCUUUCUAUCAUAUGUUUAAGUAUUAUAGAAGGGCGUUAAAAGAAACCAAUACUACAACGGCUGAGCAAAUGUAUGAAGUAGCUGAAUAUUAUAUUAUCGAUACUAUUAACUAUCAACAGUUAAUGGUAAAGCAUAAUGCAAUUAAUGAAUACAGAAAGGUAGCAUCCAUAGCUUUCAUAUCAUUAUAUAAUUCACAUUAUUUUGCAGUAGGAAUAAAAGUGUAUAAUCUUUUAAGUGCUGAUGCAUAG